AUGAACGCCAUUCGCUCUCUUCCUCUUAUCAACCGCCCCUCGCGCACCGCGACGCCCGCCUCCUCGCUUCCCGGGCCCGGUGUCGCCGCCGUUCCGCCGCUGGGUCCCCCGCCCGUCCCCGAGCCCCGUGCACGCCACCUCCCCCACCCCCUUGCUCACGCAGCUAUUCCCACCCCUACUGUUGUUCCACGCUCUCAGUCGGUUGGCGCCGCUCCCCGUAAGGCUAGCCCUCCUAACAGCCGCUCGGCGACUCCUCGCAUUGGCGGCACCGCUACGCUGCCUUCCUCCGGCAUGGACACCCCUCACACCGGAGCGCACGUCGAUGCUAUCGGCCUUCGUUUCAACGAGGCAGUCAACCGCGCUCUGGCCGGUGUCGACGCCAAGUCUAAGAAAGGUUUCCGCAAGAAUGCCGGCUGGACAGUCGGCGAAAGCAUUGCCCAUGAGCUUAGCAACUCGGCACCUACGGACACCUAUCUACUUCGUGCCAUUCUUCGGACCGCUGUGCGUGCUCUGUCGAUCUACGUCUCCCGACUCGACGCGCUGCUUCUUCCCGCUCUCUCGGACCCGCAGUUCUCGGCCGCCCUUAAUUUGGUCCCGGUCCACAACCACACAUCGCCACUCAAUGCGACUCAGGCAUAUGCUGUGUCGGUGGCGCAUGCCGCGUGGGAGACCUGUGAGAGGAUCGAGCAGAUGCUUGACCUCGGUCAGUACCCCCGCUUCCUCGAGGAUGGGCUCCGCCCCACUUUGGACAAGUUUGACACCGUCGUCGGCAAGGUCGUGCGCCCCAUCUUCCUCCAGCUCAAGGUUGACCUCGAGGCCAGCGUCAGCAACACGGCCGGUGGUGCUCCCAAGACUUCAGCUGGCUCGAUGACCGUGCCAGCCGCGGUCAGCGGUGCGCCUCUUGUGCGUGAAAAGAGCAACUCGGGCGUCCCACGCCUUACGAAGGAGAGCUCGGGCAGCGGCCACCCUCGUGCCCUUGCCGUGCCCGGUACCCUCCAGCAGUUUGCCAGCCGUGUCGAUGGCGCCCGCAAGGUCCUUGAGACCGUUGCCGCUCCUUGCGGCCACGACGGUGAAGGCUGGAUUGUCAAGGUCGUGGUCGCUGUCGUGUGGCGCGGAAUGCGUGUCAUUAUGGAGGCCGACAACUCCUCGUUCCGUUCCCCGAGCCCGAGCACUGUGCACAAGGCGCUGUCGGGUCUUGGAAAGGAGGCAACCCCCACUGUGGUACAGUCCCCCUCCAUUGCCAAGAUUACCUCGCUCGCCAUUCUCACUCCACGUGGCACCAGUUCGCGCCCUCCGUCACCUCCUCGCACGGCUUCUCCGUUUGACCCGGCCACGCACUCGCUCAUGUCCUUCGAGGGCCUCGUCAAGCGUCUUGUCACCGGCCUCGUCCAACCCCCCACCGCUCCUCCAUCGUCGGCGGACACCGACGACCAGGAGCAGGAGCACAUUGCGCGUGAGGCUCUUCAUGAGGCUAUGGAGGCUCUCGAGUCUGCCAUCAUUGCGACUUCUGCUUCGCACAGUGACAACGCCUCGUCUCGUAUUCUCGCUUCUGUUCGCCGCCUGCGCGACGACAUUGACGACGAGGCGGACGAGAAGCUCGACGACGCGCUCGAGGACCUUCCUUCUGUCCAGCUCUUUAACCUCCUUCAGCGUCGUGCCAACCUUGCACUGGGAGCGCUUCCCAACAACCCUCCUCUCCGUCUUCGGGAGGUGACAGAGAUCUGGGGCUGGACGCAAGCUGAGUAUGAGCGCCAGAUUUUGUCAGGCUUUGGCCCGGCAGAGGAGUACGGCCCUCGUGUUGCGGCUGCUCUCAAACCCGACAUCGAGAACAUGCUCGGCUCGCUCGUGACCGUCCCCGUAGACGACGCCGCGUCAAAGGCCGCCGUUAUGACUGCGACUGAGUGGGUUCGCGCGCUGGGAGUCGCUCUCGAGGCGCGCUGCGACGUCAAGGUCGCGCGGGCUUAG